GUCAGUGGACCUGAAGAGCGCACCACACAACACUGCUUCUGCUUGGACAAAAACAUAUGAGACGCGUUUAAAAACUCACACAGAGAAGUAUACGGACACUUCGUUAAAGCUAAUACGGAGUCAGAGCUAGAGAAAUUACUUUAAAGGAGCGACUACUUUGUGGACAUGUGCAUUCACUGAAUGACGGACGCUUUACUUUUGACAGAUUGGAUAGAUUGUUUUUGACUGGAUUGCAAAUGAUUUGCACAUUGGAACAGACAGGAUCGCUUGUGACGGACGUCUUGUAGGUGAGGUCCGAAGAAAUCCCUUGUGGCUCUUUGGAUAAAGCGAUCAUGCGGGGUGCAGGGACUUUGGUGCUACUGCGGAGCCUUCUGGUCUCUGUGUUCUCAGCUGUCUCUGUCCACAGCAGCCCUUUGUCUUCCCUUCCACCCGCCUCUGCUCCACGAGUCUUCCUGCCCUUCAAAGAGAUGAAGUCUACUGGAACUGCCCAUCACUUUGCUUUCCUGCUCAACUCGACAGACUACAGAAUCCUGCGUAUGGAUGAGGAUCAUGAUCGCAUGUACGUGGGCAGCAAGGACUACAUUCUGUCUCUAGACCUGAACGACAUCAACAAAGAACCCCUCAUAAUUCAUUGGCCCGUGGCUCCUCAGAGAAGGACUGAGUGUGUCCUAUCAGGGAAAGACAUCAAUGGCGAGUGUGGUAAUUUCAUCCGCCUAAUCGAGCCAUGGAACAGAACCCACCUGUACGUGUGCGGAACGGGAGCGUACUACCCCAUCUGUACUUAUGUGGACAGAGGUCAAAGGUCACAGGGAUUGCUCCAAGAUCAGAUGCCUCACAUGGGAGGCCGAACCAGUCGAGCUGCAGACCCUAGUGCCUCACCAGAGCCAUACGCACCCAAGGAAUACAUAUUCCGUCUGGAGCCUGGUAAAUUAGAUUCUGGGAAAGGGAAAUGUCCCUUCGACCCCAAACUAAACAGCGUCUCAGCAUUGAUAAAUGGCCAGCUGUAUGCCGGAGUCUACAUUGAUUUUAUGGGAACGGACUCGGCCAUCUUCCGCACUUUGGGAAAACACACAGCUAUGAGGACAGACCAGUACAACUCCCGCUGGCUCCACGAUCCGACAUUUGUUCAUGCUCAGCUCAUUCCUGACAGUGCAGAAAAGAAUGACGACAAGCUGUAUUUCUUCUUCCGUGAAAAGGCCUCUGAGAUGGGUCAGACUCCCAUGGCUCAGUCCCGGAUUGGCAGAAUCUGUCUGAAUGAUGACGGAGGACACUGCUGUCUGGUGAAUAAGUGGAGCACCUUCCUGAAAGCUCGACUCAUCUGCUCUGUGUCUGGCUCAGACGGCAUUGAGACACAUUUCGAUGAGCUCCAGGACGUGUACAUCCAGAAGACUCAAGACACCAAGAAUCCCGUCAUCUACGGCGUCUUCUCCGUGUCUGGGUCAGUAUUUAAAGGUUCAGCUGUAUGUGUGUAUUCAAUGGCUGAUGUGCGCAUGGUCUUCAAUGGCCCUUUUGCUCAUAAGGAAGGGCCAAACUACCAGUGGGUGGCGUACCAGGGUAAAAUUCCUUAUCCUCGGCCAGGGACAUGUCCUGGAGGGACUUUCACCCCUAAUAUGAAGUCAACGAAAGAUUACCCAGAUGAGGUGAUUAACUUCAUGAGGAACCAUCCGACUAUGUUCAAUUCUGUUUAUCCAGUCCACAAGCGCCCCCUAGUGGUCCGUACCAAUGUGGAUUAUGAAUUCACCACCAUCACUGUGGAUCAAGUGGCUGCUGCAGAUGGCAACUAUGAAGUUCUUUUCUUAGGAACAGACAGAGGAACAGUUCAGAAAGUGAUUGUCCUGCCCAGAGAUGAUCUUCAAACUGAAGAACUAGUUCUGGAGGAGGUGGAAGUCUUUAGAGUUCCAACUCCAAUAACUGCUAUGAAGAUUUCCCCAAAACGACAACAGCUCUAUGUGAGUUCAGCAGUGGGUGUCACUCAUCUGGCUCUGCACAGGUGUGAUGUGUACGGAGAGGCCUGUGCUGACUGCUGUUUGGCCAGAGACCCAUACUGUGCGUGGGAUGGCAAAUCCUGCUCUCGCUACUCAGCAAACCAAAAAAGGCGGAGUCGGAGACAAGAUGUAAAGUAUGGCAACCCUAUCAGACAAUGCAGGGGCUAUAACUCCAAUGCCAAUAAGAACACAUUGGAGAUGGUCCAGUAUGGGGUAGAAGGAAGCACAGGCUUCUUGGAGUGCCAGGCCAGAUCUCCUCAUGUGUCAAUCAAGUGGCAUUUCCAGAAAGAAAACAGUUAUAGAAAAAGAGAGAUCCGUUCUGAUGGCCGUGUAGUCCGCACAGAGCAGGGUCUCCUCCUGCACUCUCUCCAGCUGUCUGAUGGAGGAGUGUACCAGUGCAUCUCCACCGAGAAGAACUUCAAACACACACUGGUCAAACUGCAGCUGGUGGUUCUCUCCGCCCGCACUGUCAACAGCAUCCAGACUGAAUCCACCGUGCCUGCUGAGCCUCCUCUGCAGUCUAGCGCCUGGACGCCCAGCGCCGAGCAGUACAAAGACUUGCUGGCCAUCCUGAGCCAGCCCGAGAUGGGCCUCAUCAACCAAUACUGUCAGGACUACUGGCAGAUGGGGGACGACCCCGCAGCCAACGCCAACAAGAAGAAGGACUUCAAGGAAGCACAGAAGGAGCUACAGAAGCCGCGGAAUAGGAGGCAUCACCAGGAGCAAAGCAGCAUGGCUGAGACAUGAGAGGGGGAUGUAUCCACUUUUUCUUAAAGGAGAUAUCCCCCUACACACUCUAUAACCCUGCUUUUGAGGUUGAUUUCAAAGUGACUACCUUUACACAAAAAUAUUCAAGGGGUGCUUCUCAAGACUAAUUGAUGCUUCCUGGUUUCCUCUCUCCUCCGUCCUCAAGCCUAUGACCCUAAAAUCAAUGGAAGUCAUGAAGGACAUAUGAGUUCUCUAAAUGCAUUGUGAGGAGGUACUGUAAGAACCGAGGAGAGAGGAAGCUGUCUGAGGAGCUAGGAGAGAAGAUACACAGGUUCUAUUGCAAGCCCUUUUGACAUUUAAUCAUGUGUAGGAUAUGAAUUAUAGAUAUACUGUAUACAAUUCAAUUCUCAAUAGUUGAAAUGCUAAUUCUUGAAAUCAGCAAUAGAAUGACUACUAGUGAAAAUGCUUCUUUUUAAUAUCAGUGAUUUACGGGCCAGUGGUGGCUCAGCGGUUAAGGCUCUGGGUUACUGACCAAAAGUUUGGGGGUUCAAGCCCCAGCACUGCCAAGACACCACUGUUGGGCCCUUGAGCAAGGCCCUUGACCCUAUCUGCUCCAGGGGCACUGUUUCAUGGCUGACCCUGUGCUCUGACCCUGUGCUCUGACCCCAGCUUAGUUGGGAUAUGAGAAAACAACUGCAUUUCAUUGGCUCUGUACCUGUACUCUGCACAAUGACAAUAAAAGUUUAAUCUUAAGCUUAAUGUUUGCACUAGUAAAAUGAUAAUUUUGGAUGUAAAAAAUGACAAUGACAUUUUGGAAAAUGAAUUCUUAUAAACAAAUGUCAUUUUUGAGUACAAUUCCACAACAAUCUGUAAUUCUCUCCUUUUUAAAACUCAAUUACAGAUAUCUAUAAUUCAAUUUUGCAUAUCAGCUAUGUACUUAACAUGUAAUAAGGAUACAUAAAUAAUUACAUUGUUACUAGUACAAAUAUCCAUUCUUGUUAUCACCAAUUGAAUUACAACUAGUGAAAUGCUUAUUUUCUAUAUCUGUAAAUGGAUUUCAACAUGUUAGAUUUGGUGUUUCAGGUUUGUGAAAAUGUAUUUGUGAUUAUAGUAAUUUGAAGAGUAAUUAAAUAUAUCUUGAUAAGCUAUCUUACUAGUACCAAUAACAUGGUAGAUAUCUAAAAUGAACAUUGCCACUAGUGAAAUCCAAUUUACAGAUAUCAAGCUAUUUUUUGUUUUUGUUUGCAAAUUUUAAUUAGCAAAUUGUUAAUAUCAGGAGUAUACAUUUGCAGUUGAAACAACGUAAUUAUAAUUGCAGUUUUACUAGUAAAUAUUACAUCGCUGAUAUGUGAAAUUGGAAUUUCAACUAGUAAGAAAUUAAUUAGAGAUAUGUGUACUUGUUUUUUAACAGGAGUGAAUGACAAAUCAUCGUGAAAUUCAACAAGUAAAAAUGCAAUUACAGUUAAAAAAAAAAUUAAAACUGCCUUUACUGGUUGAAAUUCCAUUUGUAAUAUAAAGAAUGUGUGUUUCUGCAAGUAAUGGCAUAAUGUUUUUAUUUAUUUUUGAUCAAGAAUUAAAGUUUUUACUACUGCAAUCCUAAUUAUCUAAAACAAAAUUGCGUUUUCACUAGUAGUAAUUCCACUGGUGAUAUUAAGAAUGAAAAAUGAAUUGUAGAUAUCUAUAAAUCAUAUCCUACACAUGAUUAAAUGUCAAAAUGGCUUGCAAUAAAAGACUAUGUGGAAGUCAUCUGGAACAACGCUUGUAAGUCACAUUUUACAUUUGCGAUAUAAAAAAAAACAAAUAUUGUACAUACUGUACUUUAACAGUGCAUCAUGUUAAUUAUUAGGAUUUAUUGAGAAUGUUUUCAUUUAUCAAGCUCCAACAACAUAACUAAGCAGCAACUUAAUACAGUUGCACAAAGAUGUUGCUUUAAAGUGGCAUCUGAAUAAGCAAGGAUAUUCAUUUUAUAAAUUCACCUUUGAUUCCUUCGACAUUAUAUUUCACAAAGGGAAACAAGGAUGCAUAAUUUAAGAAAUGAGAAGCACCCAAGGUAUACCAUAACCAUGCCGACCGGGGAGAAAACAUACAUUGCAUUUUUGAAAAUCUAUAGUAUUUAUUGUAGGCUGUACAUAGUUAGAUUCUGUGGAGAUCUUUGUAUGGAAAUAGAACACACACACAAAAAGAGAAAAAAAAAUGUGUAUAGAUCUGUGCAAAUAUUUUGUUAUCAUUGUUACUUCCCUUUAAAUAUAUUUAUUACAAUAGUAUUACCUUGUCUUAACACACUGUGCGACUGUUAUCAUGACAAAACCUUUGGUGUAUAUACCACUAACUGAAUGAUGGACAGUCUAACUGCACUUGACGUUCUGAUACUAGAGCUAUGACGUGACUGCACAAGGUUUUGUGACAGAAUUCAUUGUAAAGUCAUACAUUUAAUGGACUCUUUCAGCUGAGCACAUAUUCACAUUCUGCAGAUGUACAGAUCAAGGAAACCUUAGUAUUCCGUGACCUCUCUAGAGACCUUGAAAAGUCAAAAAGAAACACUUUAAUAUCAUUGAAAAUACUCAUGUUUUAAUCUUCUUGAUCUUCCAUAUGUUGCUAUGCUAAUGUGUUAUAUACAGUAUAAGUCGUUUCUGUGUGUUAAAAUAUUCGGUUGAUUGUUAAUGACAGCAUUCUGUACAGUAUGUUCAUUGACACGUUAAUACUUUUAUUUUUAUUUUCAUUUAAAUAUGUAUUGUUGCACACAAAGAAAACAAAAACUAUAUUAGACUGGGGUUCAGAACCUGUCUGUCUCUUUGCCAAUAGGACUUGUUUAAAGCAGGCUAUCAGGAAUAUUAUUGGGUACCUCUCUGAAAGUUUCAGUAAAAACGUCCAAGCAAGCACCUCUACUUUAUUAGGUUAUUUGGGCUAUAUAUAAGAGAUCAUCGUCUGGAACUAAACUAAAGGGGACUCAAUUGAGUUUGCAUGAAAUGUAUUUGUACUGUACAGAUAUGUAGUCAUGUUCUGGAUAUGUUGCUGUGUAGAUGUCUGUGGAUCGAGAGAGAGAGAGAAUGUAAAACAGAGAGAUUGAUUUUUUAGGACAGAGGAAUCAAGCACAAUUAACUUGUAUGUGUUUCACCUAUGUGAUAUUUUUAACACAUAGCAAAUGGGCAGAUUGAAAUAACUGUUGUAAAUGUUUUUUGUUCUUCAUUUUUAAGACAUUAUUCAUCACUGUGGUUUGUCCUCUUGUCUUUUUUUUUUUUUUUUUUUUGGAUAAUCUAAUGUGAAAAAAGAUCUAGAAUUAGAUGUAAUGGGCAGUUAAUGUUAUAGUAAUGUAUUUUAUUUGUUUUAUUUU